AAAUUAAUGAAGUAUAGUUCUAAAGAAUGGUUAAGUAUUUUAAAUUUUCACAAAGUUAUUUCCUUAGCAGUGAGGAAGUUUGAGGAAUCAAAAAAUAAAAUUAUGCACAAUACCGCUUUAGAACCAAUAAGAAGUCUUUUAGACUUUGCUUUGGAUCUUUGCACGUGCGUGAAAGACUGCUUUGUAGAAGGAAAUCCUAGCAGUAAUGUCUGUUUUCAAGAGUUUAAGUCAAUUAUUUAA